CCUUAUUGAAGAUAGACAGUGGCAGUGGUUGUGGUGCACCCAUCGUUCAAAUGCUUCUUCUGCAAUCUCUCUCUCCGUCACCACUUCCACCGCUCUCUCUUUCCUCCGGACAACCCAUCUCUCAGUUUCUAUCACACUGUGUUGGUAAUCAUCCCACCUGGAGUAGGAGGAGAAGAUCAUCAGCAAGCUCUGUUUCUACUGUUCAUGCAGUUGAUAAAGAUUCACAGCAGUUCGAGGUUGACCCAGAUAAGGCCCGUGAAGCGCUUCAGAAGCUCGAUCAGCAGCUUCAGUCUCUGUCCCAGAAACAAGAUACUCCUCCCAGGAAAACUGCUUCAAACCAGAAUCUUGCAGGGGAUCAAAUGAGAGAAGAACCGGUGGAGUUGUCGGGAUCGUUUCUAGCAUAUUCAGCUCUUGCACUCGUCGUCUUCACCAUUUUCUACAAUGUACUAUUUCUUACAGUGAUACAACCCUCCAUAGAUGGACAAUAGCCAGUUUUAACUACUACUGCUACUGUGACAAAAGCUCCAAAUUAGCAGUUUUGAGAUGGUGGCUUCUAAUACCAGAAGCUGAAGUUUUGGCUAUUUGUAAGCCAAAAAAAGGAAGAUUUUUAUUUUAUUUUGUUGCAGAAAACUCAAAGCAAUAGUAAGAAUUUCCAGGCCUUGUUUGGACUUUGGACUAA